AUGUCUCACAACAGCGAUGCCAACUACUCAUCCUCUAGAAGCUCGAGUGCACAAGAUGGCGCAGUGUCCUCUGCCAGCUCAAUAGCACAAGAAGGCGUAAACGUUCAUCAGUUUCAAGACAUGGAACGUCCAGAUGGCAACUCCACCCCAAUGUCGUCCGACCCAGACUUACAACCAUUCGAGAUUAAAAUCUUCUCGCGCUACGUCUCAGACGGCCCCAACACAAGACAACCCAAUGUCUUCCUGUGCAACAUGCUCCUGCAUAUUACUCUUCGUUGCAACUUUGCCUCCUUCAAACAGGCAUUCRGACGACAGGCUCUGGAACAUCAUUUUCCUCAUCUGGAGAAGUGGAGUGACAAUAGCUGGCCGGGCGCUCUCAUCCCCGGCAUGCAGAGUUUCGAGAUGGACGCACGGAUUGGGGAGGAUGAUGAGCGUGUUGAUGGCGAGGAAGGAAACUGGUCAAGUGUUAAAAGACGAUUGCGGGAUGGGGAGGGUCUGACUAUCAGCUGGUGGGUGAACUACGUGGGAGAUGCUCCACGUGAUGGCGGUGUUGAUUGA